UGUUAUUCACCUGUAGGGCUUUACCCGGCGCUAGGACCCAGGGUGCGCGAUUUUCAUCUCCAGCUGCUGCAGACCGAAAACUGGCAAUAAGCGAAGAUCGCGAGGACAAGCCAAAAUUGCAUACUGUAUUCAUUCUACUUGAAAAUAGCAUCCCCGGCCCCACACGGAAGACUCCGUGCGGACAACAAUAGCUUGUUGCGCUGUGUGCUGGCUUUGUGGCUGUAGACAGCUCGGAGCGCAAGCACAUCAUUCAUUUCAAGGAAAACUCUCACCUGACGGACUCAGCUACCCCUGAGGCAUGUUGUGUUAAAGAAACACCUAUGCAGGUGGAUCCUACACUAAUGAAUGUAGGGGAUGGAGGCACGGUGAGCAGAGAGAUCAGUGCUCCAAAUAAAGCGUCUGCUAGCAUGGUGGGAAAUCCCCCCCAGACGCUCCCCCUCGAGUUUCGAGGAGAUGUUACCCUCAGUCAGCAAAACAAGAGCACUCCAACAACAGACUGUAAGACAGCAAAAACCAGCCUGGACACUAGCAAUUACAACCACAGCCCUGAGCUUUCUCCACCUCAACAGCCCAUCAAUGGGCCAACAUCCUGCGCGGCCCUCACUAGUCCAGAGAAGAGAGAAGAAAAAAGGGCAGAAGCUCCUAAAAUCAAGACUGACGUAGCAGUGGUUAUCCCAGCUCCUCAGUGGUCAAGUGGCUUAAAAGUCAACCGAGAGGACUCACUAAACCCCUGUCAAAGCAACAUGACAACCAGUAAGAAAUCUCUCCUGCAAACACCAUCUGUGCAAAGUGUUCCGCCUGGGUUUCAGUGCUCUGCCAUGUUUAAACCAGUACAGCCUGUUGCCUUCCUUCCUGCCACUAAUUUUCCCUCCCCGCUUUGUAAAAUUACUCUUCCACCAGCAUUGGGUCAGAUUGCUGCGUUGAGAGAAGCCACAGCCAGCCAGUUUCAGAAAGAAAUCCAGCCUCAAAGCUCAGGUGUCGGAGGGACACCUCUCAUACGGACCUAUCCCUAUCCGUUCUCUGUGGGCCGGACUCCAGCCGCAGAGAUAAAAGCAGGAACAUCAACCUCAAAACUGAAACCCAACCAUUCAUCCAGUAAGAAUGCUAAGUCAGUGGUGGAGCAUAAAUCUUUAGCGUCAGUGGUAGCCUCACCAGCCAUUGCCCUACCGCUGCAGCACCCAUCACUAACUUCUGCUGCACCCACCUGCUACACGCUGUCUCCCACUGCUGCCAUUUGCUGUGGAUCUGCAUUGGCCAGCAUCACCUCUCAGAGCAGACUGCUGAACCAUGUGGAGAAAGGCAAUAGCGUAGACAAGACUUCCAUGGGCUCUCUUAAAACAUCUCCCUCUUCUUCAGAGGACAGUGCUCUCUGCUCAGCGGAAUCAAGAGAUGUACCUCUUGAUUUAUCUGCCAAAUCAAAACGGCCAAAAUGCCUAAAUGACUCUCCGGUUCCAACGGCUGAGCCUCAUAGUAACGAGUCAAAUCAGAGAGAUUUUUUGAAUUCCAAGAAGGCUCAUUCUGCCACUUAUAGCCCAACUGUGCAAUACCCUAACUUACCCUACACCCACAGAAAUGGAUCUCACCAAAAGCAAAUAAAAAAGGCUCAGAAUCAUCAGGGCCCAGAUCCAAAACCAACCUGGGGUAAGGGACCUUCACAAGACAUCAAAAACAUCCCCGGAACUUAUGUAGGUGUGGCGAGCCCCAUUCUGGCGUCCACUCUACGGGGUAAAGAUGGGAAAGGGACAUUUGUGGAUGAGUUUCAGAGUUUUGCAAAGCAAGAGUUUAUAUCUAUAAUUGACCAAGGAGAACAUCUGGCCUCAGGAGGAAAAAAGCCAUCCUGUCUGAUGAAGGGCAACCAGCAUGCUCACACGGUCAAGCCUGUUAAAAACACCAGCACAGCCAUAACAAAGAACAGUCCCUCAAAAGGAGCUCUAACAACAGCCCUGUCAGCCUCUGCUAAUGCGCAGAUUCAGAUAUCUGGAACAACAGCAGUGCCGUACUCCAACACUUCAGCGUGGCAACAGCCGUCCCAUCUCCCGCACCAAGCCUCGUCCGCUCAGAGGAAAAUCUCACAAGGAUCUCCGAAAACUAAGGGAACCACACUUACUGAAGGAUCUAAGUUUCAGAGUGCACAUCAUAGCCCGUCCAAACCUGAGGAUGAAAAGUGGGAGAAAUUGAAGUCGCCCCUGUCGAACCUUGCAUCCAUUGUAAAGCAGCAAGCCUUCGAAACAGCGGCACUGACGGGAGAGACUAAUCCUCAAACCUCACCCGUUGGGUCUAGAAAAGCUGAUGUUCUAAAUCUUGGCAGCCAAGACGCCCAAUGUAAACACACUUCUUCCUUUGACUAUCCAUCACACUGGUCUAUUGAUAAAUGGGCUGGUGUUCCAUCAAAACCAGAUUUAACUCAAGCUUUGAAGAGACAUGAGACAGAGUCUUUGGAGAAUAACACUAAGUUAAACACCACUGAGAGAGAACACAAGGGACUGAAAGCGAAGCAGGGCUCCUCAAAGCCUGCUGGCCGCUCUCAUCUCUUUGGGAACAAUGCAUCAACGAACGGGAACAGGAUGGAGAGCAAACUAGCCCAGGUGUUAGAGGGGGAGAUAUCGAAAACAGAAAGUGGGGCAUCAGAUAUUACUCCCAGUGACAAAUUGGAAGGCAUGGUCGCGUCUAUUCUUUCGGGCCAGGGCGACGGGGGAGGCGAUAAGUUUGAGAAGAAAACAAACGGAACCAAAGGGGAGUCGCCUACUAAAGCAAAAGCUGCCUCCAUAAAACAAAAGAAGAGUAGCCCAAAGAAGCCAGCGAAAGAGAAGUCACUAACGGGAUCAUCAAAGAAGACUGCGGGAAAGAAGAAGCAAGACACAGAAAACACUCCAACCAAAGCGUCUCCCCAAAAGAAGCAGAAGAAACAAUGUGCACCUGUGCUGGAGCAGAAUCUAUUAGCUGGAAAACAUUCUCCUCCGAGUAAGGAGCCGACUCAAAGGGACAAGAUCAGCCCCAACAAGGUGGUCAAACCAACCCCCAAGAAAGCAGUUGCAGAUUGCCGCAGCAGUCCUCAGAGUGUUGAGACACAAGCGUCUCUAAACAGUUCUGCUGUAUCCAGCAAGGAGGCCGACGCCACAGAGAACUCCUUCCCGAGACUAAGGAGAGGACGACGGCGAGCAGAUGAGGCUCGACUUGACCUCUGGGGCUUUGCGACGCCUUCCCCUCCGCCCCCGCCAAUGCCUCCUCCCCCAGCUUCUCUGUCGCCCCCUCAAUCCCCCAUCCAGCCAGCCCGCCGUCCGAGAGGGAGGCCUCGGUCCAACCCUCUGCCAGAGCGAGCAUCCCAUGGCAAAGGCAAGAGUGGCAGUACAGAGGGUGAAACGCCCGCUAAUAAGAAACGCCGGCGAUGUCGUAGUAAAAAGUACCAGACGGGAGAUUACAUCACUGAGAGAGACAAGCUGGAGGACGGGAAGCACCACGAAGAGUCCGACCCCAUGAGAGAGGACAGUGGAACUCCAGCAGAUCCACAGGAACAGGAGUGUCUGAGUCCAGCUGCCUCUAGUCCAGAGCCACCCCCACGGAGACCCUCGUUCACUCGUUCAGGGCCGGUCCGUUACCAGGACAGUGAUCUGUCUCCAGAGUGCAACGACAAGCCUUCAGGGAAGAGAAAGUUCAAAAGCAAGCACUUAUCUGACAAUGAUGAGCAGAAGGUCAAAACCAAACGCAGCUGCUUAGGGAAGCGUGGCGCCUCACUUCCCCUAGAUGAUGAUGGGGCCGAUGUCAAAAGAACAGACGGCCCUCCACCAGCUCCGAAAAGUGUGCCAUCAACUCCAACCAAUAAAAAAGCCUCAUCAGGAAAAGGCAUCAGUUCAGAGUCUCCACCCAAAAGACCCAUUCCUCCAGAGGUCCGUCGGCUGAUUGUGAAUAAAAAUGCCGGGGAGACCCUGUUGCAACGUGCUGCACGUCUGGGCUAUCAGGAUGUAGUUCAGUAUUGUCUGGAGAAGGACAUCAGGGAGGUCAAUCGGCGUGAUAAUGCCGGUUACACGGCCCUCCACGAGGCGUCCUCUCGAGGCUGGACGCAGAUUGUCCAGAUGUUACUGAAAUACGGAGCUGAUGUCAACUGCAGCGCUCAGGAUGGAACACGGCCCCUUCAUGAUGCCGUGGCGAGCGAUAACCUUCCAAUAGUCUGGUUGCUUCUGAACCACGGUGCAGAUCCAACUCUGGCCACAUACUCUGGACACACCCCGGUCAAACUGGCCCACAGCCCAAGCAUGAAGACCUUCCUCACAGAAUAUUUCACAGACUUGGAAGGCCGCAAGGACCAGGAUCCCAGUGUACCCUGGGAUUUCUACAGCAGCUCCCUGUUUGAGACGGACCAGGAGCCAUGCUGGGACUUCUUGCUGUCGGAGCAGAAUCAGGAUCUAGAGGAGGAACCGACGGGGAAGACUGAGCCGGACUCUGACAAAGACUUCCUUCUGUUUGAGUUCUCCUCUGAGCCUCUCUUAGCCUGCUAUCAUGUUCAGGUGUCAUUAACACAGGGUUUCUGCAACUGGUUCCUCCUGACUGACGUCCUGAAGCGUCUGAAGAUGUCGGAGCGGAUCUUUCGGGCGAGAUACCCGCACCUCGAGGUGGUUCACCUGACGCGCUCCGAGCUUUGGAAGCAGGUGUCAGUUAGCCAGCUGAGCUCCGAUUUUUCACCAUCCCACAGAAGCAAGAAAAAGGCAGAGACAGAUGAGGAAGAGGCCGAAGACGGACUUGUGGAUCUGGUGCGAUGUGUACCAGAGCUCCAGAGACUACUGGGCUCCUCCAUCCACAUCCUGCAGGAGGAGGAGGAGGAGGAGGAGGAGACACUGACAAACACAGGGAAGCCUCGCAGCCGAUAGCCUCCCUUUUAAAUGUCAUCCUUUUGCCCGAGUCCUUCCCUGCAAGCAGCAGCUGAAAGGAAACCUCUCCGUCCGUCAUAACACGAGUUUGAACUCCAGCAAUGACUCAACACUCCACCUUUAACGUUUGACCUCAGACAGAAGGUGAUUAAGUCAUCACAAGGACCUGCACACAGGAGUUGUCGGUGCUGCAAAGCAGCUUUCAGGUUCCUAUCUAUAGGUAUAUUUGAUUACAGGAGAACUAUUGAGAAAACCUUUUUUUAUCAAUUAUGUCUGUACAUGUUAGUGUAAAUGUUUAUCUUGCCAUCAGGGUUAACACAUUUGGUUCUAUAAAUGUAUUCUUGUGGCAAAGGAUGGAUUAUGUUUAAGAGUUUUUGUGUUUGUUUCUGAGGAAAAUAGGUUUUUUUUGUUUUUUUUUUCAAUGGGAGAUAAUCCGAGUCUUUUAUCUCGGGAAACUCUUGCGUGAAGCUCAGACGCUUAUGUCAGGGAGGCCACCGGCCCGGAUGGUUUCUAUGUCAACCUGGGAGACGUGGGGACCUGCAGAGAGGAGACCAUGGCACAUUACGUUCACACAUAAUCACCCGGCCCUGCUCAGAGGCUCAUUUACAUGUUCUCAUCACUCACUAAACAGAUCAUUACCGGACAGACCUGAUAGCCUCUGUUUAUUCAUUUUCCUCCUCAGCUCACAGAGUAGAAGCAGGCAGGAUCACGAAGUCAAAAGGAUGAAAUCAUGUCGUUUUGGACCUUGACAUUGAGAGUUUGUUUACAGACCUGGACAGAUUGUAGAGUUCCCCAUUUCCCAGGAUGCACUCCUCCUGAACUGAUAAAGAAUCCUGUGGAUCUCUCUCAGAGGAAAAGUAGUUACCAUCCUGUGUGGCCCUCUAAACUGCAGCCACAGCGGUCCCCUCUUCUUUACGUCCUGAUACAGUGUUUCCAGAUCCCAGAGUGCUUUGUGUUGCAGUGUUUGAUUGACACUGUUUGUUGUGCUUAAUUUAUAGUCAUUAAUAUAUUUGACCUCUUGUUUAUCUGACAAGCUUAUCUAUGAAAAGAAAAUGCUUUGUAUGGUUGGUGCUUCAUUUUGAAAAUGUACUUAUUAUUAGGAUCCCUUUAUUCAGAGAUUUUCCUCCCUCAUUCAAAAACAGUAUUUCAAAACAGCUAAAGUACAGUUUUAUUGUACUGGUGCUACGACCGAUUUUUGUGUUGACAAUCAAUGAUGUUUUGGUUUGAGUCACAAACUAAUAAAAGAUAUUUAAGAUGAAGAGACUUAAGGUGUAAAGAGAAGUAUAGUUUGGUUUAAGACAACGGGAUACAUCAAGACUGAGAGACUGAGCAGUGUGUGAGGUCGAGAAGAUACAGUUUUAUUUGGUUCUUUUAUAAGAAAUCAACAAGAAUAAAGCAUGAUUGUGAAUCAUA